AUGAGUUCUGUGAGAAGUAUCAUAAAAUCAAUCAUCCCACCAUUAUCAUGGGAGAGCUACAAAGGACAAGCUGGACGUAUUGGUGUUGUUGGUGGAAGUGAAAAUUAUACAGGAGCACCUUACUAUGCUGGUAUAUCAGCUCUGAGAGUUGGAUGCGAUCUAGUUCAUGUGUUUUGUUACCCAAAUGCAGCCACUGUCAUCAAAAGCUAUAGCCCUGAAUUGAUUGUACAUCCAAUUCUAGGGCCAUUGUUUACUGGUGACUCCUUUCGUCUGUGGCUUCAGAGGCUUCACAGUGUUGUAAUUGGACCUGGGCUUGGACGAGAACCUACCUUGCUGAAUCCAAUGGCAGAUAUGAUUCAGGCGGCCAAAGCUCAAGAUAUCCCCAUCAUCUUUGAUGCUGAUGGUCUUUAUUAUCUUGAGCAACACUGGCAUCUCAUCCGUGGAUAUACCAAGGCAAUCCUCACACCAAACAUUGUUGAGUUCUCCCGACUUGUGGAGUGGGUGUCUGGGCAUCCUACACCCACGCUGGAGAAUGUCCAUGACAAGGCCAUGUCAUUGGCUGCUGCCCUUGGAAAUGUGACCCUGGUGUGCAAAGGGCACAAAGACGUAAUCACAAAUGGGGUUGAAAUAAUAAUGUGCGAAGAACCAGGAUCUCCUCGUCGAUGUGGGGGUCAGGGUGAUCUGUUAUCAGGCAGCUUGGGGACCUUUGCUCAUUGGGCUGAGCAAAUGGGAAACUCCAGUCAACUACCGGAUCGCAUGACUGGGAGCAUGGCUGCAGCAUUGGCUGCUUGCUGUCUCACAAGAGAGUGCAACAGACUGGCUUUUGCGGAACAUGGAGAGAAAGUGCUGUGCUUUCAUGGGCCACUGAUAUAUGAGGCCAAAUGUCUCAAGAUUUCUGGCAAGGACAAGAUUCCCAAGUACUAUGUUCAUUAUGCAGGGUGGAACAAGAAUUGGGAUGAAUGGGUGAAUGAGACCCGGAUGCUAAAGCACAAUGAGGCCAAUCUGCAGAAGCAGAGGGAUCUCAUCCGACAACACGAGGCUCAAAUAAAGUCAAAGAAGGGCUUGAAGCUCCCCACUGUGGGAGGGGUGAAACGUAAGAGUGAAGGAGCACGAAAGGAAGGGGAGCCUGAGCAUCUCUCCAACACACCACUACGGGAAGUAGAACCCUCUCCCUCCACUGCCUCUGCCACCACCUCCUCCUCAGCCAUCAAGCGCAAGAGACCUCGCAGUGAUGCCACUAUGGAGUCGGAGGAGGAGUAUGUGUCAAAAGUGGAGGUGAAAAUAAAGAUUCCAGAUGAACUGAAGGCCAUCCUUGUUGAAGAUCUCCUUUCCAUCACUGUCAAUCACAAGUUGGUGUUGUUGCCAGCGAAAGUGACGGUGAAGAAGAUCCUUGAGGAUUAUGUGAAAGCAAAGUCGUCAGCCAAGGCCACUACCCCUGGCAAGUCGUUGUUGGAGAAAGGAGGGCAUGAGAACCUAGCAGAAGUGUUUGGUGGGAUCCACCUCCUCCGACUUUUUGUGAAGUUGGGCGGAUACUUGGCAUAUACGCAACUGAAUGAGUCCCAGAUGCAACACCUGGUCUCCUGUCUUCAUGAAUUCCUCAGGUUCUUGGUGAAAAAUGCUGGAACUUACUUCCAAAAAGAUGCAUACAUAUCACCCGCACCAGAUCCAAAGAAGAAAUCUGCUUGACAAAGUCUUCAUCUUACCCACUUGACAUCACCUGCCUUGUGUUCACGGUUGAGAAGUUGCACGCAUCCACAAUACCAUCUGCAUACCUUACUUAACGUCUUUCUUCCCAGUUGUCAUUACUGGUGUUUGAAGCUGAGCAAAUAAAGGCUGAGGUAUUUUAAA